UGGUAUUGUUUUUGGAAUGGAAUGUACUCGACUACUCCUAUAUAGCCCAAAGAAUUACUAUGCUCUGUGAUAUAGCUCUUUGCUGUAUAGUAAAUAUCAAAAAGUAUGUAAAUAUCGUUAAUUAAAGAUGUCCUGUAACUAUGCUGAAAGUUUAUCGCCGUAUAAACAUAAAGGUGUCCUAGGAGUGCCUGAGAAAUUUGAUUCCAUUGCUAAAGUAAAUGAAAAAUGUUUAAUUUUGGCUGACCUCAUAAGCAAGAGCAAGCAUGUCGUUGUACAUACAGGAGCUGGCAUAAGCACUUCAGCUGGUAUCCCAGAUUUUAGAGGCCCAAAUGGAGUAUGGACUCUAGAAAGAGAAGGCAAAAAACCGACAACAAAUAUAUCUUUUGCUGACGCUAAACCAACAAAUACUCACAUGAUGCUGAAGAAACUUGUGGAAUGUAAUAAGGUACAAUAUAUAGUAAGUCAAAACAUAGAUGGAUUGCAUUUAAAGUCGGGAUUACAAAGGAAGUACCUGGCUGAAUUACAUGGAAAUAUGUUUAUUGAUGAAUGUAAUCUGUGUAAAAGACAGUUUGUGAGGAGUCGGCCAGUGGAAACCGUAGGGAAGAAAUGUAGUGGUGUACCUUGUGCCUCUGGUCAUGCGGGAGGUCGCCCUUGUAGAGGUCGUCUGUAUGAUGGUGUGUUAGACUGGGAACAUAGCCUGCCUGAAAAUGAUCUCUUGAUGUCGGAGUGGCACUCUAGUAUUGCAGAUUUAAGUAUAUGUUUGGGGACAACACUUCAAAUCAUUCCUAGCGGUAAUUUACCUUUAGAAACUGUGAAGUAUGGAGGGAAAUUAGUGAUAUGCAAUUUACAACCCACAAAACAUGACAACAAAGCAGACUUAAUUAUAAAUUAUUACGUCGAUGAUGUUCUAGAAAAAGUAAUGUCUAUAUUGGGUAUUGAGACAUCUGAGUACAAUGAAACUGAAGACUUUACAAAGUUAGCUGAGACGUCUAUCGUAGACUGGACUAUAAAUCGAAAAGAUGUAAUAUUAAUGGAGAAAAUGUUUAAAUCAAAGUGUAAAGGCGUGAAAAAAAAGAGAAUUUUAAUAAAGACCAAAAGAAAAAGUACUGACUUGUCCACAGUCAAUGGGAACAUUGAAAAUGAUGAUAAAUCAAAGAUUAUUAAAUCAGAAAUAAAGGAAGAAAAUGAACCAUUAAAUGCAUAAUUUGUCUCACAUAUA